AUGUUUGAGGAAAUGUUGGAACUAGUACCAAUGUGCGGCAAUACUACAGGACAAGAUAUAUUUAUUUGUAUUGAUGAAGUUCUGCAAAAAUACAAUCUACCGCUGUCAAAAUUAACUUCUGUAGCUACAGAUGGAGCUCCUUCAAUGACCGGAAAAACAACGGUUUUGUGGCAUUACUGCGAAAAGAACAAAGUGAGAUUUAUGAAGCAUCCAAGAUUCAUCAUACACAUUGCAUUAUACAUCAAGAAGUAUUAUGCACGAAG